UUCAGUUUAACACAACUCAAUAAAUCUUGGAGAAAUCGUUGUCCUUUUUUUGUUUGACCGAACAUCUGUAAAUAUUGAAAUACCUAUGUCUAUGUAAGAGGUCAUCAAGGUUAUUAGUCAGUCUCAUAAUCGGUAUUAGAUCGAAUCACUGUCGGAAACAGAACAGCAGUCAUUAAAUCAGACAACUGAACAUUAUUAGUGCUUGAUGAGGUGAAUUCAUAUUGUAAAUUUAUUAGUUAACAAACAAUUAAGUAAUACUCAUUAAAUAAACUGAUAUAUUAAAAUAGGUGUUCGAAAUCUACAAAUUGGUACUAAUAGUUAGAGUUAUCGAUAGGCAAGUUUGUUUUGUAAUUAGUGGUGGAUAUUUUCCGAUAGUGUCUGUACGUUUUCCGGCUCCGAAUUUUCCACACUGCGCAUCGUCAUUUGUCGUUUCGUUUUUAUCGACUUACGUUAUUGUCAAAGCAUGCGUGAUUAGGAAAUUGCAUGCUAGCAAACGUUUAUAUGCUUCUUUCCGUUUGUUAUUCGACGCGGUCUGUUUUUAAAUCGGCGUUAAUUUGCAACUGCCCAUUUCGUUUGACCAUCAUGUUGUUCUCUAAAACAACUUAAUGUUGUUAAUUAUGUAUAUAGACCACGUCCCAUAAGAAUCUACUGGUCACUCUUUAACGAGACAAUGCAGCAAAAUGAAAGCAUCCGACAACAUCCAGAACAACAAUUUGAUAUUGGCGACAACCCGUAGCUGGGUGGUUGUAGUUUGCAUGGUCUUCGGAAUCGGGAUAUUUGCUGCAGUAGUUUUCUGGAUUAGGAGAUGCAAAUCCUCAGUUCCCCGCCAUGAAUACAGUGCUCUAAGGACCGACAGUGGUAGUGAACGUCACAAGUUAGAGAAACAGAUUCGAAAUGGUGUAUUUUCAAUUUGUAAGGAAUUUCUGUCCAUGAGCGAUCGUUAUGAAUUUCGAACGCAACUCGGUGACAUAGGAUCAAGAGCAGACAAACACUGGUUUAUAGUUCAAGACACUGAGCUUGGCGCGGAAAGAUUACUCAGUUUAGUAGGCCUGCCAUCAACGUGUCCAAUAACACCCAGCCCCGAAACUAGACGGACUUUUUUGUCUCUUUUCAGAGGGCUGCAGCAUCCUUACAUCCAUCCAAUUUUAGAUUUAGAGUUUUGGGACUCGCAGGUCGCUCUCAUAAGUCCACUGAAUUUAACGGGCAGUUUGAAAGAUCUGAUAUAUGGGACUUAUUGGCAUGACGACUGGGAGUUGAAAAGCAAUAAAAAGGGAAUUGGGCUUCCCCUUUGGCAGGUCCAACGCUUGAGUCGGCAAAUCUUAGAAGCCCUAAUGUUUCUUCGUGAUCGCAGUUUCCCUCCAUUUUAUUGUUUACAUUCCGGAAACGUAAUUUUACAAAACGGAGUUGCUCGCUUGGCUGGCCUAGAAAAUCCAUUCCUUGGAGUGACACCUCGCUCUCCCAACGUACCCGACAUUCCCGCAUUUGGACAUCUCCUUUUCGAAAUGGCCGCAGGCUACGAAUUACCAUCGCCACCCAGUCCGGCCCAUUUACAACUCGAGCUUGAAAGAGUGCCUAAAGUAGUUGAAGUCAUACGUCUUAUAUUUCAAAAUAGCGUCCAUAUUACUUUGGAAGACAUUUUGGCUUGUGACCUUUUUAGGGGAGUUGAAUUAAGGGAACUGAGAGGCGUGAAUGGAUUCCAGGGUCGGUUCAGCCCCGAUGUUGUACAGCUUUUGGAUGCAGUAAAGAAGCCAUCCACGACAAUAAGAAGAAAAAGUGUCACAAGACAGCAGUCGUUUUGUCAACUUGAAGACAUAGUAGAAGAAACUGAAGAUAGCGACUGCAACGAAGUCCUGUCUACAGUCUGCAGAUAGCAAAACUAAAGUUGCCAAUUUAUACA